CCUCACCCCGCUACCCAACCCAAGCAGUCCGUCUCGCUGCGACCGCUUGCCCAAACCCGCCGACAGCGUGCUGCCGCUCAGAAGCACCUUGAAAUCUCCAGGCGAGGCGGAACACGGCGACCAUGGCCGACAAAACCGUCCUCAACAAGAUCAAUGCGCUGAAGCGCGAAAUCUCGCAGAAGGAGGCAGAGCGCAAAGAAUGGGCCGGAACGCUCCCUGGGCUGGAUGAUAUAAUCAAUGGAGACCCAGAGGAAGUCUCAGAGGAAAGCGUAAAGCAAGCCUUGGAACUCAAGGCCGAUGCUGAAGUCACCAUUGCUGGCAUCGACAAGGAUCUACGUCCCCUGUAUGAGGAACUCGAGAAGCUCAACGCGACGCUGCCCAAACCAGUUGAGCCCGCCGCUCCCAAGUUCGACCCGGAGAAGCACCCGCUGCUCAAGAAAGCUUCGGAGAAGGUCGAGUCCGAGAAGCCCGUCACCUUCAACGCCGGAGAUAUGUGCGAAGCGCAGUGGACCGACGGCCGCUUCUACAAGGCAAAGGUGCAGACGGUCUUGGGUUCCGUGUCUGACCCAAAGUACCAUGUGCGCUUCAUCGACUACAAGGACUCCAGCUCGACCGUCGGCCGUGACGCCAUUCGUCCGCUGUACAGCGACCGGAAGCGCAAGGCGGACGGGGCACCUGCCACUCCGACGGCUGCCCCCGCCACUAGCUCGCCCCAUGUCAUUUCUGGUCCGGCCAGCAUGAACCCAAAGGCCGUCGCCAAUGAUGCCGGCAAGGACACGAGCGUCCCCAUCAACCGCAGGAAGAUUGGGGGCAACAAGGCCUUGGAGAGGAAGCAGACGUCCUGGCAGGAGUUCACCAAGAAAGGCCCUGGUAAGAGCAUCACGAAGAAGGAAUCCAUGUUCCGUACCGGAGAGGGGCUGAAUAGUCGAGUGGGCUUCACUGGCUCCGGCGGAGGUAUGACCCAGGCCCCCAAACGUGUGCGAUAUACCCACAAGUACGACGACGACGAGGAGGACAGCCGCCCGUCCCAUUCCGUCAGCAAGCACUCGGAUCGUCCUAGGGUCGAAUCAUCGGGUCGCAAGCGAUACUGAUCAUUGCGGUGGCAGGAUCUGCGCGGUUGAGCAUGUUCCGCCUCAACCUUUCGGCUGUUGAUUUCUCUCGACUCCUAUUUUCGAUGAUCUCAGCAUCGCUCUCAAGGAGUUCUGGCGACGGUUUUCUCUGCAUUUUCCGGCAAUGUUGGCAGUUCUUCG